AUGCGAGCAAACUUCAUACAGCCCCAGCAAGUCCAUCAGGGAUUUGUGAACGGCAAUGCCGGCCCCGACCCAAGGAUGGGCAUGAUGGGACAGGCAGGAGGCGCCCAGGGUGUCAACGGCAUGAUGCGAUCGACCGCGACACAGAACCAGGGUGGCCAGCAGGCACAAAACAGCACUCCUGUUCGAUCUGCACAACAGCCCGGCCAGCAGCAGCAACAGCAACAACAGCCCAACUCGGGCCAACGUCCUGGAUCUGCACUCGGUCUCAACUCCACGCCUGGUCAGCAGACCGGCGGACAGCAGCAGGGCUUCCCAGGAAUGGUUAACCCACUUCCCAUGGGUAUGCGUAACCCGAUGAUGAUGGGUCAGCAGGGUGGAGUCUCUGGUGGUCGACGAGGCCCUGGGGGAGCAGGAGGACCCCCAAUGAUGGGAGCCGCACAGAUGCAGCAUCUUUCACAGCAGCAACAGCAGCAGCAGCAUCCGGCUCCCGUCCGUGAGGUAUGGGGAUUCAACCUGGAGGAGGAAAUGGCGCGGGUCAGAGAGGUGUCUGAACGGGCUCGGUAUGUGUCUCUGGAGUGUAAGUUCCCGGGCAUUGUGGCCCGUCCCAUUGGCCAAUUCCGUUCCACAAACGAGUACCACUACCAGACUCUGCGUGCCAACGUGGAUCUGCUCAAGGUCAUCCAGGUGGGACUGUCGUUCUCGGACGACUCUGUAGCCCCUCCCGUCACCUGGCAGUUCAACUUCCGGUUCGACGAAACCCAGGACAUGUGUUCUGAAGACAUUAAAGAUCUGCUGAAGCAGAGCGGAGUGGACUUUGUGCGGCACCAGCAGCAUGGAAUCGACGCCUUCAACUUUGGCGAGCUGCUCAUUUCGUCCGGACUGGUCCUGGACGACGGCAUCGAGUGGAUCACCUUCCAUGCCGGCUACGAUCUGGGCUACGUGCUCGGAAUUAUGCUCAACAAGGAGCUUCCUGCCGAGGAACAACAAUUCCUGGCCCAGGUACGACGAUACUUCCCCCGAGUGUGGGAUCUCAAGAACGCAGUAAAAAACAGCGGCCUUACAAUCAGAUCCAACUCGCUGUCAUCUCUGGCCGAAGACCUGCGGGUCCGAGACCAGGAAGUGACCAAUAACCAAGCCGGAGCCGACGCCAAGCUCGCUGCCGAGUGCUUCUUUGAAAUGCGACGUUACCUAGGCGACCAGAUGGCGCUGGAGAUGGCCAACAAGUUGUGCGGUCUCAGUGAGCUUCAUCCUGAACAGCUGAUGCUGUUGGAGGAAGAUGAAGACGCCCCUGGAGAGGAUCUCACCGAAGUGCCCGUGCCCACGGUCCAGAAGCCCAAGGAGAAGCAGGAUGGAGUCAACGUGUUCCAAUUCUCCAAGAUGGGAGGGGGCAAGUAA